AGUCCACUCACACCCAUUCAGGAACCUAGCCUUUUCCUUUGUAAAUCUGCAAUUGAAUUAGCUUCACCACUCCAUUCAUCAUCUAGGGAACAAUUACAAGAACAGAAGGCAGGCAAUACCAUGGGUGACAUGCUAGCAAACAUUGCAGUGAAUGCAGCGAGCAAUUAUAACAACCUGGAUAAAAAAAUGCAAAAACUUAAGAGGAAGCUUGAACACCUCAACAGUCAAGAAGCUGAUACGGUUGACAGGCUAAGAGUGGAAGAACGUGAUCCCCAAAAAAAGAGAAAAGGUGUGGUCCAAUAUUGGUUGAACGAAGUGGCAUCAAAGAAAAACGAAUUCGAAAGCUUGGAAACAGAAGUGAACCAAAAUUGUCGUAGUAUUUGGCGUGUGAACUUGGCGAAACGUGCUGAUGAAAUGAUUAAGGAAGUGACAGAACUUAUUGAUCAAGGCACAUUUUCUGAGGGAGUUGUACUAGAUAUUAGCGAGACAAUAGAGGAGAAAUUUGUAAAUGCUGAAUGGAAAGGCCAUACUUUUAAAGAAAAUUUCCAGACAAUUUGGACGUGUUUAUUGGAUAAUGAGGUCUUCCGUAUUGGCGUCUAUGGUAUGGGAGGAGUUGGUAAAACAACUCUGGCACAAUGUAUCUAUAAUAAGCUCAAGAAUGAAACUUUGUUUUGUGGUAAUAUAUUUUGGAUCGUAGUCUCACAAGAUUUAAACAUUCACAAGUUGCAGAAUGACAUUGGAAAAGCCCUGAAUCUAGAUCUUUCCCAUGAAGAUGACGAGCACAAGAGGGCAGCCAAAUUGGGUUGGGCACUGAAGAGAAAGAAGAGAUUUGUACUCAUGUUGGACGAUGUCUGGACUCCUUUUUCGUUACAGAAGAUUGGAAUUUCUCCCCCUCUAUAUGGAUCUAAAAUGAUAGUAAUUAGUCGAUCACUAGAGGUGUGUCGCAAAAUGGAAUGCCAAAGGUAUCUAAAAGUGGAAGUUCUUUCGGAUGAAGAAGCUUGGAAUCUAUUUAUGAACAAACUUAGUUGUGGGAAACGACUUCCACCCAAAGUGGAAGAGAUAGCAAGAGAAGUGGUAAAGAAGUGUGCUGGUUUGCCUCUUGCAAUUAUCACCAUGGCUGGAAGCUUGAGGGGAGUGGUUGACAUUCAUGACUGGAGGGAUGCCCUAGAAGAGUCGUGUGUGGGAUGAGAUGUCAUGGAAGAUGAUAUGCAUCCAUGCCAUUUCGCUAAUUGAGGAUCCUACUUUCGGUGAAAAAAUUGAAAAUUAGCUCCUAUGAUGUUUUCAUCCAAAAAAUCUCAUCGUACGUUGGUGUAUAGUCUAGUGCUUCACUAUCUAAUGCAGGGAUUGCGAAGCUUGUGAGAACCUUUCUUCGAGGUGUGGAAUGAUUUUCAUUGUCCAAUUUUCCCAUUCCGGCUACAAUUGCCUCUAAAAUCACUAGCUUAUGCCUGAACUUCCUAUGGGGAGCCAAAAAGACAUUGGUUUCUUGAAGCAAAAUUUGCCUACUAAAGUAUGAAGGAGGACUUGGUUUUAGAGAUAUUAAAAGAUGAAUUGUGUGCUACUUUCAAAAACUCCAUGGAACAUCCAUAGCAAAAAGAUCCCCUUUGGAUAAAAUGGGUCAAUCAAGUAUAUCUUCGUGGAUGAACAUUUGGGAGUACAUGCCAAAAAAAAAAAAAAAAUGAUUCUCCUUUAGUAAAAAAAGUGCUGGAAAUCAGGGACCAAUCAUGGGGCCUGAAUGCACAUUUCAGGCUAGUGUAGACUGGUUGUGGGACUGGAUGGAGGCAAAAAGUUUCAGUAUUAUGGCUGCCUAUGAUUUUUUAAGGCCAAGGGAUGCAAGGGCAGUAUGGGCAGAUACGGUUUGGAAUACAUCCAUCAUACCCAAGCAUGCUUUCAUUCUUUGAUUAGGUGUUAAGUCCAAAUUACUAACUAAAGAUAAAAUUCAGCACUUGAAAUUAGACCUAAUAUGUUCAUUUUGUGGAGAAAUGGAGGAAACAACAUAGCACAAAACUUAUUUUUCUCUAGUUCAUUCAGUAGUUCUAUUUGGGGACAAAUUCGUAGAUGGUUGGCCUUUAGACGCACUAUGUCUACUUGCCAAGUGCAUUGAAAUGGAUUAAAAAGAAAGCCCAGGGAACAACUUGGGAAAGGAAAGCAAAGUUAAAUGAAAUGCACUUGCUACUUCCAUCGACUAUAUAUGGAUUGCGAGGAAUAGGUAGAUUUUUGAAUAUCUUAGGCCACAAGUGGAUUACAUUGCAAGACGGAUUAAAACGCAUUUAUACAAAGCUGUGUUUACUUUGUAUCCACAUGUUUUAAUUCAUUUUGAGUCCUUAGCUUGGUGUCCUUAGCUUUUAUCGUCUGUACAUCUUUUCAUUGUGUUAACUCGAGUAUGUCCGGAGUAAUUGUAAUCGUCACUUGAUCUAUGUUUACCCAGGAAUGUCUGGUGUACUUGUAUAUGAGUUUUGAUCAAUAUAAUUUAUAUUUAUC